AUGAGAAGAAAAGGCUUCUUUCAAACAUGGCUAUUGUGCGUCGUCAUGGCGUUGACAGUGUCGGCUCAUCUGGUAGAGGGACAGAUCCGAUAUACGAUUCCCGAGGAAAUGACUGUAGGAUCUUUUGUUGGAAACAUUGGCACGGACCUGGGGCUUGAACCGAAAAGAUUGGUUUCGGGAAAAGCACGAGUUUUCACCACUGGCGACAGCGAGUAUGUUGGGCUGGAUAGGGAAAAGGGACAUUUAAUCGUGAAAGAAAGAAUAGACCGUGAGCAGUUAUGUGGCGAGCUGUCGGCUUGCAGUACCAGCUUUAAUGUGAUAUUAGAAAACCCGAUAGAGCUUUAUCGUGUUAAUGUGGAUAUACUGGAUAUCAACGACAACAGCCCCGUAUUUCCAAGGGGUGAAAUAGAAAUAGAAAUCAGUGAGUUAGCCCCUCCAGGAGCGCGAUUUUCUCUUGAGAGUGCGAUAGAUCCAGAUGUUGGUAGAAAUACUUUACAGACAUAUAUACUGCACCCAACGGAUAAUUUUAAUCUGAACAUUCAAAGUAGAGCAGAUGGCAGUAAAAAUGUAGAGAUGGUUCUUCAAACCGCUCUAGACCGGGAACAGAAAACGAACCAUUACUUAACGCUUACUGCUGUUGACGGUGGAAAACCUCAAAGAUCAGGAACUGCUAAAAUCCACAUUUUAGUUCUUGAUGUAAACGAUAAUGCUCCUGUCUUCAGCCAGUCGUCCUACAAGACAUCUGUUGUCGAAAAUGCGGCGAAAGGUACUUUUGUCACAACAGUUAGCGCGACGGACGCGGAUGAGACAAAUUAUAAUAUUCAGUAUUAUUUUGAACAUCCAAGUGCCACUGUAAAAGCUUUAUUUACAAUCGAUUCCGAAUCGGGUGAGGUCAGCGUCAAAGGAGAAAUAGAUUAUGAAAAACACAAGCAAUUUAAGAUUAAAGUAACUGCAAAAGACCAUGGAGGCUUAACUGAUUCAAGUGAGAUUUUGAUUGAUGUCAUCGAUGCAAAUGAUAUCACACCCAAGAUAACUAUUAUGUCGUUUUCUGGUGCUCUACCAGAGGACGCAGGUCUUGGCACAGUUGUUGCCAUAAUUAAUAUCCAAGAUCUUGACUCUGGCGACAACGGUAGAGUCACGUGUUCCUUAGAUCGGGACCUUCCUUUCAAAAUAGAAUCGUCGUUAACUAAUGAUUACAGUCUCGUGACGGAUUCAACACUGGACAGAGAACAGACACAAGAGUAUAAUAUAACCAUAACUGCAGCUGAUGGAGGCAGCCCUCCCCUUUCAAGUAAAGAGACUUUAACCUUAAAAAUAUCAGACGUGAAUGACCAUGCACCACAGUUCCAACAGCAGACGUAUAACGCUUAUGUUUUGGAGAACAAUUCCCCAUCUGUCUCUAUCAUAUCUGUUAAAGCGGAGGAUGCUGACUGGGGACCAAACGCUAGAGUGUCUUAUUUCGUUGCAGGUGGAUAUUUAAAUGGAGACCCUCUGACAUCAUAUAUCUCUAUAAAUUCAGACAGUGGAGUCAUUUAUGCUGUGAAAUCGUUUGAUUUUGAACAACUAAAAUCAUUCAGAAUACAAGUGAAAGCUCAAGAUGGGGGCUCACCACCUCUAAGCAGCAAUACAACACUGAAUAUUUUCAUCCAAGACCAGAAUGACAAUGCACCUCAGAUUCUAUACCCUGUGCAAACAAGCAGCUCAGUGGUAGCUGAAAUGGUGCCUCGUUCAGCAGAUGUUGGCUACCUUGUCACUAAAGUUGUGGCUGUUGAUGUGGACUCUGGACAGAAUGCCUGGCUCUCCUAUAAACUACAGAAAGCCACAGACAGGGCUCUGUUUGAAGUUGGAGCACAGAAUGGAGAAAUCAGAACAGUGCGUCAGGUCACUGAUAAAGAUGCUGUGAAACACAGACUCACUGUUGUGGUGGAAGAUAAUGGACAACCCUCUCGUUCAGCUACAGUCAUUGUCAAUGUUGCUGUGGCCGACAGUUUCCCUGAGGUCAUCUCAGAGUUCACCAACUUUAACCAUGACACAACAUACAGUGACAAUCUGACUUUUUAUUUGAUUUUGGCUCUGGCUGUGGUUUCAGUACUCUUCAUUUUCUCACUAAUUGCCAUCAUUUCAGUCAAAAUCUAUAGAUGGAGGCAGAACAGGCUGUUUUAUAAAUCUGCACCAAAUCUACCAGUGAUUCCAUAUUACCCACCGGUCUACGCCGAUGGUACUUUACAGCGCGUGUAUAAUUAUGAGAUGUGUGGAACAACUGAUUCCAGGAUGAGUGACAUCAAGUUUGUCAGGCCUUACAGUCAGAACACACUGGUGAAUAUGAGUCGUGCAGGAACUGUACAGAGAGAAAAGAAAGAACAGGAGGAGGAGGAUGAUCUUUCAUUAGAGGUGAGACUUUUUUUCACUGUCCUCACUGAUUUGGCCUUCAUUUGCACUCGCUGCUGUCACUCUGUUCAAUGCUAUGUCCUCGUAUGUCUUUUAAACUCAUAA